AUGGAAGCGACGAAUCAAGAAAGCAAAUCACCAGCAGAAUUAUUGCAAUUACAAGUUGAAUUAGAUAAAACCGAAGCAGAAUAUAAACUAAUUGGCAAAUGUCAGAUUAUAGUUAGCAAUUAUGGAUCAAUCAAUGGUGGUAACAUGAGAGGUGAUGAUAAAAUGAUGAAUAAUUCAAGUCCUUUAAGUGCAACAACACAUGAUACAGUACUCAAUGAUGAAGAUAAAAAUUGA